AUGAAUUUUGAAUUUGAGAGGGAGAUAGGCUUCAUAAACAGCCAGCCAUCGCUAGCGGAGUGCCUGACGUCCCUUCCCGCUGUCCUGGAGACAUUUCAAACUUCAUCAAUCAAGGAACCACCGACGUUAAUUCCUCCUCCUUUGGAACAAACCCUCCUCGGCUUGCAUCCUUGUUCCAGCAGCCAGCCUUCUCCGCCAAGGAGCCAAAAGAAAGCAAGGCACGGGCAGGCCCAGAAAAUCACGUUCCAGCCUUCUGCUCUGGGUGGAGAAUUCCCCUGGAUGAAGGAGAAGAAAUCUUUUAAGAAAGCUAACCAGGUCCCUGCCUCUUUGUCUCCCUCCUCUUCUGUGCCUGGAUUUGUCCCGGCUUCUCCUGCAGACACGUGUUUGGACCACAGCGAAAAAGCUUCCCGACGGCUGAGGACCGCUUAUACCAACACGCAGCUCUUGGAGUUGGAGAAGGAGUUCCAUUUUAACAAAUACCUCUGUAGACCCCGCCGGGUGGAAAUCGCAGCUUUGCUGGACUUGACGGAAAGGCAAGUGAAGGUCUGGUUCCAGAACCGUCGGAUGAAGCACAAGAGGCAAACGCAGCACAGUGCAGAUCACGCCGAAGAAGACCAAGUCAGCAGUCAGAAAACGGGGGAAGCCAAGAACUGCAGCUUUUCCUGCAGAGGAGAACGGAAGACGCCUUCUUCCUAUCCAGCCGGCAGCCACGGCAGAGAGAUUCGGAGUGCUUCAGUGCUUUACCCGAUGCUCAGCCAGGGCAGAACUUCGGCCGCGGAGCUCGGCGGAAUCGCCGACGCUCGCACCAUCUCCUCUUGCUCGUCCUCCUGCUCUGUGUCCUCGCCGGGCGACGGGUUCCCGGAAAGCUUACAGGAUAAAAGUCAACUUUUCAAAAAUGGAAAUAUUCUGGAUGAUAAAGAUACUAAAUUAACCAAAAGGGGGGGAGAAAAGAAGAAAUAUUGUUCGCAUGAAACCAUUUUUUUGAACAUUUUCGGUGUAAAAUAUCGAUCUCUUGAGAUCAAUUCAAGUAAAAACAAACCGAAACAAAAGACUUUGGAUAGUCUUCUGCGUGGGGAGGAUUGGCUUGAAAGCAAGCAGCUGCGAAUAUGCUUCUUCUCCAAUAGCGCUCACUUAUUAUUUGCAACUCCAAAUUUCUGA